ACAAACCCCUGGAAGGAGUUCCCUCCCCCGUGGGAACUUAGAACCACACUCUAAAGGGCUUGUCAACCUGUCCCUUCACUCGGGUGACCGCUGGCUAACCUACAGCCGAUCCGUAGAGUCGGGACUCAAAUCUGAGCAAACGCGGGAGUCAGCUAGGGAAGUCCCUCUCUCUGGUCGUGCCUGCGAGCCUGCGUCCAGAGUCCAGAGGGCUUUUGGGAGCCACCGCCAUCGGUAGGGACGCCCGUGGGGAUGCUGGAGCCCCGGCCUGCCGGCAGCGUGGGCACGCCGGGUCCUUUCCAGACGCACAGCUGGAGGCGUCCUGACUUUUGAUCCCUGUCCCAGCUCCCACAGUUCAGUCCUGGCCUCGGCGGGAAGCUAAGGACCGCUCCGCCGGAGCCGUUUGCCUCCCUGCCCCCCGCACGAUCGUCGUAAAGUGCUGUAAAGAGCCCUGCUUUCCGGCACCGUAGGUGAGGCCCGGAAGGUCUGUCUCUGCCCGGCACAUGGUACUGGAUCUGCUAUUACAGAAAGGCUACAGUGAGACUUUGAGGGGCGUUAGCGAAGCAUCCACGAGUCCCUCAGCGGUCUCCCCGUCCCUGGAGUUCGAAAUGCUUUACCUGAUCGGCUUGGGCCUGGGAGAUGCCAAGGACAUCACAGUCAAGGGCCUGGAAGUUGUGAGGCGCUGCAGUCGAGUGUAUCUGGAAGCCUACACCUCAGUCCUGACUGUAGGGAAGGAAGCCCUGGUAUCACACUUGUUAUCUGGAAUUCUUUUAAAGUCAAUUUCAAGAGAAAAGAUGCAAAAUGGCUUGACUGAUGGAAGUCAUGAAGGCAACUGUAGCAGCGUUGCCAUUGACAGAGGAGGAGCGGGGCUGUUGACAGAUUCUGCUUAUUUGGCUACAACACACAGCGAUCUUAUUCUGAGAGCAACCAAGUUGGGAAUCCCUUAUCAAGUUAUUCACAAUGCCUCCAUAAUGAAUGCUGUAGGCUGCUGUGGUUUACAGUUGUACAAGUUUGGAGAAACUGUUUCUAUUGUGUUUUGGACGGACACUUGGAGACCAGAAAGCUUCUUUGACAAAGUGAAGAAGAACAGACAAAAUGGCAUGCACACAUUGUGUUUACUUGAUAUCAAAGUCAAGGAGCAGUCUCUGGAGAACCUCAUCAGGGGAAGAAAGAUCUAUGAACCUCCUCGAUACAUGAGUGUGAACCAGGCAGCCCAGCAGCUUCUGGAAAUUGUUCAAAAUCAGAGGGCACGCGGGGAAGAACCAGGUACUUUGCCUGUUAGGUUGUUUCUUCUCUACAGAUACAUCAUUUCGUAUCUGAUAUACACUCACACCGCACUGAAGCAGGGUCAGUGUUUUUACCUUGUUAGGUAUGUCUUGUAUUUUUCCCCUAAUUUUAGAUCCCACAGGAUUCAAGUUAUACUAAAAGAAAAAUAAUUGAGUUAUUUACAG